UGUGUGUGUGUGUGUAGCGGGUGGGUGACAGCUGGGCUCGCUGCGCUCCUGCUCCAGUCUGGUAAGAAGCUUCAUCUCCAAAUAGGAUGACGCUCGGCUUUUGUGGAAGGGACUACGUUACAGCUCCGCGUCUAGCUCUGGGACAGCCGUCCGCUCAGCUCACCUGAAGGGAAACUAAAACACGUCGCUCAUCUCUCUCUCUCUCUCUCUCUGUGUCUCUCACGUUCCCAACCAGAGUGGAUUUCCAAUGGAUAUUCUGUUUUGAAGAGGUGUGAUUUGAGCGCGGCAUGUAACAAAAAGAAGGAGCGCAAGAGAAAAGUAGCGCUCGCAUCGCUUUUUCUGAGACGAGCACGUCCGUCCCCCCUCUAAACUGCUUCAAGAGGCAAAUGUAAUGGAUUACUAAAAGGCAGAGGUGAAGAACCACUUUAAGGCAUACCAUUCAUGAGCUGAAGGCUGAGCCAAAUCUGUAGCAGAGUACCAGCAGCAAUAGCGGCAGUGUUGGUGCGACCAUGAGGUCAGAGGCUUUGUUACUCUACUUCACGCUACUGCAAAUAGCCGGGGCGGGUUUCCCCGAGGACAGCGAGCCCAUUAGCAUCUCACACGGCAACUACACUAAACAGUACCCGGCGUUUGUGGGCCACAAACCUGGAAGGAACAACACGCAGCGGCACAAACUGGACAUCCAGCUCAUCGUGAUCAUGAACAGGACGUUAUACAUUGCAGCCAGGGAUCACAUAUACACGGUGGAAACAGACACUGCCAACGGUGACGAGAUCUUUUUCACGAAGAAACUGACAUGGAAGUCCAGACAGGGAGACGUGGACACCUGCAGAAUGAAAGGGAAACAUAAGGAUGAGUGUCAUAAUUUCAUCAAAGUGCUCCUGCAACAAAAUGACGACACCUUGUUUGUUUGUGGAACAAACGCUUUCAACCCCUCCUGUCGAACCUACAAGUUGGACACCCUGGAGGCUCUGGGAGAGGAGAUCAGUGGGAUGGCACGCUGUCCGUAUGAUGCCAAGCACGCCAAUGUCGCCCUCUUUGCCGAUGGCAAGCUGUACUCGGCCACCGUAACAGACUUUCUAGCGAUCGAUGCGGUCAUCUAUCGUAGCCUUGGCGACAGCCCGACUCUGCGCACUGUCAAACAUGACUCCAAGUGGCUGAAAGAGCCUUACUUCGUCCAGGCGGUCAAUUAUGGGGAUUUCAUCUAUUUCUUCUUUCGGGAAAUUGCUAUGGAAUACAAUACAAUGGGAAAGGUGGUGUUUCCCCGCGUGGCGAGGGUUUGCAAGAACGACCGCGGGGGCUCGCCCCGCGUCCUGGAGAAGCAGUGGACUUCCUUUCUGAAGUCUCGCCUGAAUUGCUCCAUCCCCGGUGACUCCCAUUUCUACUUCAACAUCCUGCAAGCGGUAACAGACGUCAUUCACAUCAACGGGAGGGACGUAGUGAUGGCUACCUUCGCCACGCCCUACAACAGUAUUCCAGGGUCAGCGGUGUGUGCCUAUGACAUGGCUGAGGUGGCCAAGACGUUCACGGGGCGUUUCAAAGAGCAGAAGUCCCCAGACUCCACCUGGACACCUUUUCCUGAAGAGAAAGUUCCCAAGCCAAGGCCUGGCAGCUGUGCCAGCACGCCGUCCAUGGAACGGUACAAAGUAUCCAAUGAGUUCCCCGAUGACACGCUCAACUUCAUCAAGAUGCAUCCCCUGAUGGAUGAGGCCGUGGCGUCCAUCGCUAACAGGCCCUGGUUUCUCAAGACCAUGGUGCGGUACCGCUUGACGCGCAUCAUGGUGGACAACCAGGCCGGUCCCAACAAGAACCACACGGUGGUGUUCCUGGGAUCGGAGAAGGGCAUCGUCCUCAAGUUCUUGGCAAAGAUGAACAACGGCUUCCUCAACGAUAGCCUGUUUCUAGAGGAGCUCAACGUCUACAACCCUGACAAGUGCAGUAUAGACGGUGUGGAUGACAAGCGCAUCAUUGGAAUGCAGAUAGACACCAAGAGCCAUGUCAUGUGGGUUGCUUUCACCUCGUGCGUGGUUAAAGUGCCACUGUCUCGCUGUGAAAGACAUGGGCGGUGCAAGAAGUCCUGUAUCGCCUCCAGGGACCCGUAUUGUGGAUGGGUGUCAGAAGGCGCCUGCAGACAGGUGGUUGGCAACACCAAAUCAGCCUUCGAGCAGGACGUGGAGCAUGGUAACACAGAUGGCCUGGGAGACUGCCAAAACACAUUUGUGGCGCUGAAUGACGUCCCUUCCCGAUACGAAGGCCACCAUCACCACCACCGUCACCACACCCUCUCAGUUCCCACCCCGGCCUUCCCCGAGGCCGCCGAGGGCCCGCUGGGGCGGGACCGCAUGGUGGAGCGCAAGGAUCCCCCCAUCAGUUCAGACAAAGGGCAGGACCCCUACAUGGCCGUGCCCUCUCAGACUCAGCCCGAAGCCAAUGGUGUGAUCCGUGAGAGCUACCAGAAGGGUCGUGACCAGCUCGUUCCUGUGACCCUGUUGGCCAUAGCUGUCAUCUUGGCAUUUGCCAUGGGUGCCAUCUUCUCAGGCCUCAUUGUCUACUGUGUCUGUGACCACCGGCGGCGAGAUAUUGAUCUGACGGGACGCAAGGAAAAGGACGGCCUGCACCUGCACUCCCGCAGGGGAUCGAUGAACAGUGUGACCAAGCUCACCGGCCUGUUUGAGAUGCAGGCCAAAGACGGACGGCCCGAGGCGAUCCUCACCCCUUUGAUGCACAACGGGCGACUGACAUCAAAUGGGAAGAUGCUGAUAAAAGCGGACCAGCACCACCUGGACCUCACUGCUCUGCCAACGCCUGAAUCCACGCCCCUGCAGCCGCGUCGAAAGCCCAGCCGGGGAAGCCGUGAGUGGGAAAGAAAUCAAAACCUCAUUAAUGCUUGCACCAAGGACAUGCCACCUAUAGGAUCCCCUGUCAUCUCCACAGACUUACCCCUGAGGGCGUCGCCAGGGCACAUCCCCAGCGUGGUGGUCCUGCCUCUACCGCAGCAUCAGCACCAGCUUCAGCCUCAUUUGCAGCAGCACCAGCAGUCUUACCAGCACGAAUACGUGGAGCAGCCCCAUCACAGUGACCUGAGUCACGGCCUCAUGGACGACCAAGGGGCCACCCUGGAAUACAAGACAGUAAAGAGCCCGUGUCAUAACCUCAACAUGGUGGAUUCAGACGGGGGGCUGCCGCCUCGCGUGCCCCAACGCGAGGCUUCUCUCGUCAUUCCUCCAGCUGUCCCACAGAUGGGCAAACGCCUGGAGGUCCACUCAUCGGUCUACGGCCUCCGGAAGGGAUCGGCGUCUGCCGCUUCUGGAUCCUCCGCCCUCAAGAAGCAUAACACCAACUCGUCUAACUCCUCCCAGCUGGCGAGACAUCACAGCUUCCGUGUGGAGACCCCGCCACCUGCACCCCAGAGGGUGGACUCCAUACAAAUGACAGCACAGGGAAUAUCUCUGUCACGGCAGUCUGGAAUGAGCUCCUACGGUUCCCUGCCCCGAACAGGCAUCAAACACCUCAAGCCCGACGUCCCGCCAAAACCCUCCGUAGUCUCGCUUUCAACGAAAGUCAAGUCCAGUGACUCCAGCACAUAGUCAGCUCGUUGCCCCGUCGGUCCAAUGUGAACAGACAGAACAGAAGCGAAAGAUGUUUUCUGAAAGAAAGAAAAAACAGGGAAUACUGUACAACUCGCAUCUCCUUUUUAGUGCUUUUGUUUUGUUUGUUUGGUUUUUUUCGGUGUACAGUACAGUGGAAGAUUCAACAUUUUUUUCUAAGAAAACACUUUCUUUUUAUAUAAAUAUGUAAAUAUAGAGUGGUUGUUGUCUGUUGUUGCCGUCAUCGAGCUCAUGCUCUGGCCGGGGUGCCCAGCUCCUCUGUAAACACAGACGGGAACAUGUGCUACUGAAAAAGAAAAAGAUGAAGUCUGUCCUGAAUAUUUCAUCCAUUUUGAACCCUUGUAGCAUUCACGACAGUGGCCCUCUUUGUUUCUAGUGUCUUUGGUCACCAGGACUUGACUUGACUACUCUUGUCAUGCCAAUAAAAGCACAUAAGAAGACAGCACGCACGGGAAUAAUCGUUGUAUAGUACCUUGAGGACCGGAGGAGCCAGGUGAACAAGCAAACCGAGAGAAACUGAGCUCAGACUAAAAAGGACAGACAAGCUGCUUGGGUUCUGUUCGGAAACUGUGAAAAGCUUCUCAGUGUUACAGCAAUCAAGACCUGCCUGGGUUUCACUCAAAAGCCCGGCCAGAGGAAUCUUUUACUGUUCCGGUUACUGAAUAACACUUGACUGUUAAUACUAAUAGCCUGUUGUAUUUAUUUUUAUUAAGUGCUUUUGAAAAAAGAAAAACAGACUGACUUUGUAGGACUGAACAAAAAGGAGGAAAUGAGAAGAGAUCUUUUAAUUUUAAUUAAUCAAGUGAGGAAAAAAAACAUAUUUAAAGUCAUUAAACUGGAGCCAGUAGAACUUUCAUGUCGACUUUAAGUCCACAAGGUGUUACUGUGUGCUCAGUGGGACCUACAGCUUGAGAUAUACGUGACCUCUGUGACGAGGGGGAGAUAUUUAUUUAAACUGUGCCAGACCAGGACUUACACCUUUUAAGGACCAGAGUUUUCCAUUGUUUUAGACCGGUCAUAAAAAAAAAAAGACUUCCUGAAUCUCGCCCUUUCAGUCCUCCAAUGAGCAUCUCCUCCCCCCCCCCCCCCAAUCAGCACUGUGGUUUUGUGUGAGUCAGACACAUUUGACCUGACUGGUUGCUGGUUUCCCAGUGCCAUUAAAGCUCACUGUUGCAUGUUGCAAACAGACGACAAGCAGCUGCAGCAACAGUCCGGGAAUCUGCAGACACACAUUCAAAAAGAAGCUGUAGGUGAAGGCUGCAAGCGAACGCAGCGAUGCCUCCAACCCUGGAACGCAUCGUCUCGUUUUAGCAGCAUCACACAGACGAGCAGGCAGGAGAAGAAAAAAAAACGUGAAAACAAUAAAAACAUCUGUAUUGCCUGCUUCUUUUUCCACAUGUAAAUUUGUGCCUUACACCCUGAAGUAGUGACAAUGUUUUCUUGAAUAGCUGUUAACUUUGUCUUCUUGUUGUAUUUUUUUAAUUUAAUUUAAUUUUUAUUUUUCUUACUACGUCAUGAUAUUUCCCUGGUUUGAUAAAAAUGCAAUUCAAGAAUGUAGGUGUUAUUGUUGUAAUUCUGGUCCCUAGACAUAACACACUUACAGUCCAGAGGGAGGAGAGGAAGGAGUGUUCCUUUUCUUCUUUUUUUCUCUCUCUCCUACAGAUAUACACUUGCACACACACACACACACACACACACUCUUAAACAUUCACACACACUAAUCUUUGUGGUUCAUUUCUGAUUGUGCCAUUAAUGCGCUUAAAGCAACCCUUUAUGUUGUGCUGGCAGUGUCGAUGAAGACGUGAGUCUUUUUGAUUUUCUAUUUUAUACAAGCUAUAAGUCCUGGUAUUUGUUUUUACUCGUUUUUUGCCGUCUGUUUGUUCGGAGUGAUGGUCUGCUGACUGACUACCUGAACAGUUAACAUUUGUUACUUGUUGAGAAGGCCAAUGUAUGGUGUAUCUUUCUGGUGCACUGCAAUAAUGAUGCAUCAACAGCACCACCACAAACGUACAGUAUGAUAUACACGUAAGCCCCCGGUGUACUAACAGAGUCCACUGAUACUUGUGUGCAUCGUUAACGUUCAUUUAUUAGGCAAGGUGCAUAAAACAGGCUGGUUCCUGUGAAGAAAGCUGACAUUUUAAAACAAUAUUAAAAAAAAUCAUACUCUAUUUAACCCCGUUUUUUGUAAGAGAAACACUUCUGCAGAAGUUUAGAGAUGAUUUUUCUUUUUCUUCACUUACUAAUUGUCAAGGCCUUAUGGGGUGGCUGAGAGUUUGACUAAUCUGACCCUUUUUUGCUUUCACUUCAUUUUUACUUGGGGAUUUUUAUUGAUCACCCCCAAACCCUCACCUAAACACUUAAAUCAGUGGAGCACCCCCCUAGUGUUGUAUGUGUAGAUAGGUCAAAGUCUUCUUGAUAUCAAGCAAUUUUCUGUUUCUCAAUGGGAAGAAAGCCAACUAUGUCUCAAUCCACAGCUAAGACAAGACGGACCCUUGGAUCCGCGGACGUACACGUGUGCGCUUGCAGGGAUUGGUUGCAAGCUAUGAGUCAUGGGCAAAUAGGUCAAAGCGCAAAUCAACACGAAGGUUCCCCGUUUGAAACAUGGUCUUGUGGGGGCAGCGUGGACAGCCAUCCCAGUAAUUACAUAAAGAUUUGACCUUCAAAGUGUAAGUGGCCCAAGAUUAGCAUGAAGGUAUAAGUUCACUCCGGAUGAUGACUGGGCACAAGAACGCUAUCUUUCCACUGCCCAGUGUACUCGGUGCACAAACCAUCAGGCCUGGAAGAACGCCCACCUAAAACUAGAUAUUUCUUGGUUUGGAGAUCUGGCUUGGAGAGCAUCAUCAUUUCCACACAGAAUGUGAACACUAAAACCUGUUCUAACUGUUUACAUGGGUUAUAACUGACAUGAAUGGGACUGAAGUGGACUGUAUUUAAUUGUACUUGUACUGACCUUGUUUACGUUCUCUGUAAAGUGCCCUGAGAUGAUUUUGUUGGGAACUGGCUCGAUACAAAUAACCUGAGCUGAACUGACUUGCACUAGUUAGAGAGGUUCAAUGUUCACAUCCCGUGUGGACGAGUGAACUUGGCUGUGGUUGCAAUUAAGAUUCAGCAUCAAGCGUUUUGAUAUCAGAGUAAGGUUUUGAGGACUUUUAAAAACUGUGUUGGGGUUGAUAGUGAAGGCUGCUGUGGACAGUGAGGUUCUUUAGUGUGUGCCUUUUUGUCUUUCACCCUUGUUAUAAUACACUGCUGUUAGACGCAAAUCAACUCUCUUAUCAAACUUUUAAACUUUGUAAGCUUGUAAGAUAUUGUGACGUCACAAAGUUUUUUGCCCUACUCUCUCCACUUCCUUAACAUCUGAUUCACAGCUUAAUGUAUGUUGUAAAGGAAAAAAAACCUCUUUAAUUUAAUGCAAAAUGUAAUAAAAAAAUAAAAUAAAUAAAAUUCUUGUCA